AUGGCAUCGGCGUCGACGCCCCCGGGGGCCGCUCCUCCCGCGUCGUCGUCCUACUCCGGGCACGUCCCCGGGUUCCGCGCGCGCGUCGCGGAGUGCAACGAGAUCACGCCCGCGGACGUCGCGACGUACACGCCGCUCGUCGUCGCGGGCGUGGAGGUGGGGCUCAUGCAGCGCGCGUUCGCGGACGCGCUCGUCGCGCACGGCGACGGCGUGUUCGCGAUGGAGGAGGGGAAGGAGGACGCGGACGCGUCGUCGCCGUCGUCGUCGUCGCGGUCAACGAUCGUGACGCUGGACGCGGACGCGACGAUGACCGCGGACGCGCGCACCGCGGUAGUCGCGCCCGUCAUGACGUCCCUUCGCGACGCGGGCGUGAUCGAGGGAUGGAGGGACGAGCUGUUUCCGGUCAACGCGGGAUACGGCUCGGAGAAUCUGCUCCUCGUCGAGCGCGCGGCGGCGUCGCUGCUCGGCAUCCGCGCGUACGGCGUCCACGUGAACGGCUACGUCGUGAUGCCGGACGGGAGCAAGGAGCUGUGGGUGGCGCGGAGGGCGAAGAACAAGCAGACGUUUCCGGGAAAGUUGGAUCACGUCGUCGCGGGAGGCGAGUUCGUUCCAGACUGGUCCCCGUACGACCCCGCGUCGGACGCCGUCUCUCGAGGACGGACUUUUCUCGCCCGUCUCCUCUCUUCUGGGUUGCCCGCGAACAUGCCGCCGGGGACGUGCGUCGUGAAGGAGUGCGAAGAGGAGGCGUCGAUGCCGCCGGAGUUGGCGAAAAACGCCAAGCCCGUGGGCGUCGUCACGUAUAACCAGAACUACAACGGCUGCUGCAAGAGAGACGUGCUGUUUUGUUACGACGUCGAGCUCCCGGAGGAUUUCGUCCCGGUGCCCGCGGACGGCGAGGUCGAGGGGUUCGAGCGGUACACGAUGGAGCGCGCGAUGCGGACGAUAUCGCAGACGACGGAGUUCAAGACGAACUGCUGCGUCGUGAUCAUCGACUUUUUCGUCCGACACGGUUUCGUCGCCCCGGAGGAGCCCGGAUACGCGGAGCUCGUCAAGAGUCUGCGGUCGUGACGAGUACGCGUGCUUUAGGGCCUACUAUCUUCUAUCUUAUAUCAUCUACUAACAUG